AUGCCCUGCGCGCCCCGCGCCCUGCUGCUCUGGGACCUGGUGCUGGGCGUCGUGGGCACCGGCGCCUUCCUGGUGGACCUGGGCGCCGACCUGUGGGCCGCCAGCCGGUAUGUGCUGGGCGGCUGCUACGUGUGCGCCGCGCUGGUGCUGGGGCUCACGGGCCUCGCCUCCGGGGCGCUGCAGCUGUUCAGCUGGCUCUGGCUGCGCGCCGACCCCGCCGGCCUGCACGUGUGGCGGCCCCCCAGCACCGGCCUGGCGCUGCUGCACCUCCUGCAGCUCGGCUACCUGUACAGGUGCUUGCAAGCACUGUGGCAGGGCUUCCUGAUGUGGCGACAGGAAGUACCUUCUGAGUUUGACUUGGCCUACGCAGACUUCCUAGCAUUGGACAUCAGCAUGCUGCGGCUCUUUGAGACUUUCCUGGAGACAACCCCACAGCUCUUGCUGGUACUGGCUAUCAUGAUGAGGAGCGGCCAUGCUGAGAACUUCCAGUGGUUUGGCAUCUGCUCCUCUUUCGUGAGCAUCUCAUGGGCACUGCUGGACUACCACCGGGCCUUGCGCACCUGCCUGCCUUCUAAGCCCCGACUGGGACUGGCUGCCUCUGUGAUUUACUUUCUAUGGAACCUGCUGCUGCUAUGGCCCCGUGUCCUAGCUGUGGCCCUCUUCGCUGCCCUCUUCCCCCGCUAUGUGAUCCUGCACUUCCUGGGCCUGUGGCUGGUGCUGCUCUUCUGGGUUUGGCUGCAGAACACGAACUUCAUGCCUGAUCCCCGCUCUGAAUGGCUGUACCGGGCCACAGUGGCCACCAUUCUCUAUUUCUCUUGGUUCAAUGUGGCAGAGGGCCGCACACGAGGCCGGGUCUUAAUCCAUAUGGCAUUCCAUCUGAGUGACAGCGUGCUCCUUCUGAUCACGUGGUGGACCAAGAGGACCUGGCUGCCCAGUGAGGCACCCCUGCAGACAGUACUACUAGUGGGCCUAGGCUGCUUCCUGCUGGGCCAGGCCCUGCGGCUGCUCUACUACUGCUGGCUGCACCCCAGCCUCCACUGGGAGUCUGACCAAGUGGAUGGGACCCUCUCCUUUAAGCUGCAUCCAUUGCCUCAAAACAGGCGUAUGGCCCAGCUGGCUCACAACUUCUUCUCCAAGGUCAGGGGUCAGACUGCCUUCUUGGACAAGGAAGAGGACAAUGCAGUGCUUUGAGACAGGGUGAGAUCCUGUCGUGAAGUACAGGAAACCUAGGUCAAGAGGAGAGGGAUGUAGGAGAUAAGCCGAUAUUUCGCUGCUAGGAGCGCCUGAGACCUGCCUUCCAGCUGGGAGGCCAGAGGCUGCAGUAAGAAGCUAGCACGAAACAUCUGAGUUAGGGUUCUCACCUCUGUGGGGGUGGCCCGGAGCAGUGAUGUGGUGCUAGAGUAAAUGGCUUGUGUAGGUGAGGCCCUGGGUUCCAUACCCUACACUGCAAAGUACAUGAAGUAAAUCAGGCAGGUGCCCUCCCAAACCCUGGGUCCCCUGUGCUGGACUUGAUAGGUCCCAGGACUCCAGGAUGUUCUAUGGGAUUUUCUGUCCCCUGCCCCUACCCAGUCAUGUGAUUCAUGCAGCCAGUUUUUACUGAGCACAUUUGUGUGCCAGGAACAUCAUCUUUC